AUGAUUUAUUUAUUUCAACAGAUCGCUUACUUUCCGCUCUCCUUUACAUUGCUGUCCAUAAAUACAAUCAUAUUCUUCAUCUUGAGUUUUGGAAAGGUUCCUUCGGAAUUUGUCAGUUACAACUAUGAUAAGAUUGUUAAAGAAUAUCAAAUAUGGCGAGCUGUUACGUCGACAUUUGCACAUUUUUCAAUUAUUCAUAUUCUAUUUAAUAUGGGAUCUAUGUGGUCCAUGAGAACUGUAGAAUUACUUGGACAAGAAAAACCAACUAUACAUACAUUUCAUUCCGUUGUAGAAUAUUUCAAGAUUACCGUGUUGCUAAUUCUAUUUUGUUUUUUGUUCAUCACACUCGUGUACUUUUGUCUGAUUAAAUUUUUGAAAUGGGAAAAUUAUAGACAAGUCAAUAUUGUUGGAUAUAGUGGUGUAUUAUUUGGGAUAAUGACGAUAGAAACUUUACAGCAGGGCAUUUCUUCAACUAGUUCUUCCAUGUUUGGCUUGAAUUUACCAGCAAUUAUACGGCCCUUUAUGGCACUUAUUCUGACCUCGUUGUUAUUACCCCAAGCCAGCUUUGUAGGUCACUUAGGUGGAAUAAUUGGAGCAUUUAUUAUCUACUAUGGAAUUUUGGUUUGGAUGAUAGAUAUAGUUUUUAUUGUGUUAUUUUCGAUUCUAGUGGUUAUUGUGUUGGGAAGUGUAGCUUUCACGACAUGGAGGAAUCGCAAUUCGAUUACUAUUCCUCCUGUGAUAAAGCGGUACUGGGAGAAAAUAUCUUCUGCUUUCAGUAGGUCACGCAAUACAAUUCGUGGCGACACCCCUUCCACAGCUUCUGUGACUCUUUCUGCUCUCAACUCUUAUCGGAGAGUACUUUAUGUUGGUAAUCUAGCACCACAAGUAACAAAAGAUGUAUUAUUUAAUUUAUUUGUACCAUUCGGAGAAGUAUUGGACGUUACAAUUCCUUCAAUAACGAAUCAAUCAGAAGAAACACUUACAGGAUCCAAACACAAGGGAUACGCUUUUGUAGAAUUUGAACUUCCCGAAGAUGCAACAGAAGCUCUUGAAAAUUUAAACAACAGUGAGUUAUGUGGUAGAAUAAUUACAGUGAAUUAUUCAAAAGCAAGCAACUUGUCAAAAGAGGCUUUCUCCGAUCUUAACGUUCCUUUGUGGAGCUUGAAUCAACAAAAACCAUCCGAUGAAUCUUCAUCAGCUCAGCAAGAGGAAGCAGAGUCAUCAUCGCCGGAAGCCAAUUCAUCAUUAGAACAACACGAACCUACACCUAAAAAGACCAAGCUGUAA